AUGAGUGGAGUGUGCAUCGCCCAGUCUCUAAAAAUCCCUCGGGAGCCCAGGACAGGAGAGUUUGACAAGAUUAUCAGGCGUCUGCUCGAGACCUCCAAUGCCAGGGCCAUCAUCAUGUUCGCUAAUGAGGACGACAUUCGGCGGGUCCUCGAUGCUGCCAAAAGGAACAACCAGACUGGCCACUUCCUAUGGGUGGGAUCAGACAGCUGGGGGUCCAAAAUCUCUCCCGUGAUUGGUCAAGAGAGGGUGGCAGAAGGGGCCAUCACCAUCCUGCCCAAGAGAGCUUCUGUAGACGCCUUUGACCGCUAUUUCCGAAGCCGCUCCCUUUCCAACAACAGAAGAAACGUCUGGUUUGCCGAGUUCUGGGAGGAAAACUUCAACUGCAAGUUAGGCAUGCACGGAAAACGGCCUGGCAGUUUGAAAAAAUGCACAGGCCUGGAAAAGGUUGGUCGUGAUUCCAGUUACGAACAGGAGGGGAAGGUGCAGUUUGUGAUGGAUGCUGUUUACGCUAUGGCCCAUGCUCUGCACCGGAUGCACCGUGAGCUCUGUUACGGCUACCCUGGUCUGUGUCCACGCAUGGCCAGCAAUAUCGAAGGCAAAGAACUGCUCAACCACAUCAGGGCUGUUCGAUUUAAUGGAAGUGCGGGGACACCUGUGGUUUUCAAUGAGAACGGCGACGCCCCAGGGAGAUACGACAUCUUCCAAUACCAGAACAACAAGUCAACCGCAGAGUACAGAGUCAUCGGCUCCUGGACCAACAAACUGCACCUCAAGAUGGACGCCUUGCGGUGGAGGACAGGAGACCCGUCGCUCCCUCAGUCCGUCUGCAGCCUGCCGUGUCGGGCCGGAGAGAGGAAGAAUGUGGUCAAAGGCUCGCCCUGCUGCUGGCACUGUGAACGCUGUGAGGGAUACCACUUCCAGGCGUCCGAAUUCACGUGUGAGCUGUGUCGGUACGAGAUGCGCCCAAACGUGAACCGCACCGGCUGCGUGCCCAUCCCCAUCAUCAAGCUGGAGUGGCAUUCACCCUGGGCCAUUAUCCCUAUGUUCAUCUCCAUGAUGGGCAUCGUGGCCACCUCUUUCGUCAUCGUCACUUUCGUCCGAUACAACGACACGCCGAUCGUCCGCGCUUCUGGUCGAGAGAUGAGCUACGUGCUUCUCACUGGCAUUUUCCUUUGCUACGCCAUCACCUUUCUGAUGAUAGGCACGCCGGAUGUGGGGGUGUGCUCACUGAGGAGGAUUUUUUUGGGACUGGGGAUGUGCUUCAGCUACGCCGCGCUCCUGACCAAGACAAACAGGAUACAUCGCAUCUUUGAGCAAGGGAAGAAGUCUGUGACCGCGCCAAGGUUCAUCUCCCCCGCCUCCCAGCUGGCCAUCACCUUCUCCCUGAUUUCGGUGCAGCUGUUGGGCGUGUUCAUGUGGUUCGCUGUGGACCCUCCUCACACGGUGGUGGACUAUGGAGAGCAGAGGACCCAGGACCCGCAAUCUGCUCGAGGGGUGCUCAAGUGCGACAUAUCAGACCUGUCCCUCAUCUGCUCUCUGAGCUACUCCAUCCUGCUCAUGGUGACGUGCACGGUCUACGCCAUCAAAACCAGAGGAGUACCCGAAACCUUCAACGAGGCCAAACCCAUUGGAUUCACUAUGUACACAACCUGCAUCAUCUGGCUGGCCUUCAUCCCAAUCUUCUUUGGCACGUCACAGUCAGCGGAAAGAAUGUACAUUCAGACCACCACUCUGACCAUCUCGCUCAGCCUCUCAGCCUCUGUGUCUCUGGGGAUGCUCUACAUGCCCAAGGUCUACAUCAUCCUCCUCCACCCAGAGCAGAACGUGCCCAAGAGGAAACGCAGCUUCAAGGCCAUUGUGACCGCUGCCACCAUGUCAGGCAAACUCACCCAGAAGGGAGACCGGCCCAACGGAGAAGUGAAGACCGAGCUGUGUGAGAGCAUGGAGACCAACACUUCAUCAACUAAGACAACGACACACUUGGGAGACAGAGAGGUCACAGAGCUCCAGUGUAUACGAGCUAAUGAUUCCCUCCAACCACAGAUGGUAUCUGUGGCCGUAAAAGACAGACUUCAGCUUGAAGAACGAGGGAACAAGCUGGAGCUGGAGGAGCAGGCUCAAAUGGAGUAUUGA